AUGACAAAUACGGUUUGUAAGUUAUCUCAUAAAGAGUGGAGAAAAAUAGCCAAGAAACUACGUAGAAAAAAAAUACGACAACAUUUAGCCGAACUUAGAAAAGCUGAAUUAAAAUUGCUAGAAAGUUCUCCUUCUUAUCAGUUACAAUUAGAAAAACAACGUCUCUUCGAAGAAUACGAAGCAGAAAAAGAAACCAAAGAAAGAGAGGAAGCACAUGAGAAAUGGUUAAAAGAAGAAGAGAGAGCUCAAAAACAAUGGAGAGAAGAACAGAGACUUAAAAAUUUAGCUGAAUUGGAAAGACUGAAAGAGCAGGAAAAAAUAAGGGAAGAAUGGGAAAAAGAACAGAAAAAAAUAAAAGAAGAAAAAGAAAAAUUAGAAGCAUUGAAAAAAGAAGAAGAAAAAAGACGACAAGAAACAUUAAAUAGAAUAAAUGAUUUCAUUCAAAAUGGUGGUGAUAUACCUUUGGAAUUGCAGGCUGUUAGCGAAACGAAUCCUGGAAAGGAAAUGUGUUUGUUCUUCAAUAAAGUCGGUGCUUGUCGUUUUGGUAAUCAAUGUUCUAGAAAUCAUCAGCAUUUUAAAAUUAGUAACACACUGUUGGUAUCAAACUUUUAUUCUCAUUUUACAUUAGAGCAAAAUAAAUCUUCGGAAUAUGACACAGACAUAAUUUUAGAAUAUGAAGAUUCAGAUAUGUAUUCACAUUUCAAAGAAUUUUACACUGAUAUUGUACCUGAAUUUAAAAAAUUUGGUGACUUGACAAUGGUUAAAGUUUGUUGUAACUCUGAGCCGCAUUUAAGGGGCAAUGUAUAUAUAGAAUAUAAGCAUAAAAAAGAUGCACUUUUGGCAUAUAAAGAAUUUCAAGGCAGGUGGUAUGGUGAUUGGGGAGGUGCUGUUUGUGGAGAUUUUGCCAGGCGCAGAUGUCUCAAAGGAAAAUCUUGUAAUUUUCUUCAUGUAUUUAGAAAUCCGAAAAACGAAUAUCCAAUAGAUUGGUAUAAACAUAAAUCUAAUUAUGGUCAUUCUCUAAGUGACAAACUUGAUGACACUUUCGAUAAUAAUAAUUAUAAAAGAAAUUGGAGGUGGUCAGAGAGUCCAGAAUCUUCUCCGAAGAGACAAAAAGGAGUAUCACACAAACAUAAAAAGAGUAAGAAAAAAUCAAAAGAAAAAGAUUCUUAUAGGGAUAAAUCUCACAAGCAUAAAAGUACAAAAAAGAAAAAAAGAGACAAAAGUUGA